AUGCUGCCGGAAGCCCUCUGCGUAGACAGCAGGUUACUGGUGACCUGGCUGCUUGUGAUGAUCGCGCACUGGCGAAUGAAUCCCACGAGCAAUUCGGACAUGAAGUUCAUCGUGCAAUGGCUCCAGCAAGCCUUCGCUCCGACUCCGACCGACAAGGCCAACGAGGUCAACUCGCGAAAUGCGCGUGUGAGUGAGUCAAUGCGAGAGGCGCGUCUGAAGACCUACGUGAUGCUAUCCAGAUUGUUUGUUCAUACAACGGUGCCAGUCCUGCUCUUCCUCUUGUCCGACCUGCUGAAAUACCCUAGCUCGAUGGGCUUGGUCCAAACGGUAUUCCUGCUGUUCGUCUACACCCUGCACUGGGCAGUUGCCAGCAGCACCCUCUGCCCGACGCCCCAUCAGAUCAGAGGGGUGAGCGCUGGUUGGUACACGAUGAUGGUGGCAUUCGCGCUGCUUGCUCCUUGUCACCCUACAGGAAGAGAUGCGAUUUUCUUUCUAGGCUUUAAGAUCGGCAGCAGAUUGACGAUGGCAGCUUGUUUCAUGGACACCAAGUUGUCCCUCGUCUUCCAAGCUCUGAUUUCUUUGGCCUCGCUGGUUUCGGACCUUGUUCUUCACAACACUGGUCACGACGCCUUCAUGCUGUUGGCCAUGGAGAUGCAGCACUUCGUAGGGGCCAUGACCCUAUCUGCAACUCUGGAGUUUCUCAUCCGUUCCCGCAUACACGCGCUGCUGGACGUUGCAGAUGCCGAAACUCUUGUUUCCAGUUUCCAGCAUGUCCUUCGCGGGAUCUGCGAUGGAGACAUUCUGCUGACCAGCAAUCUGACGAUUCACGGCCCAGGCGAGUGCCUGCAGCACCUGCUGAUGAACAGAGCGAGUCUUCAUGGUAAAGCUUUCGAGAUGCUGUUACCACCGGAUGAGCGUCAGCGCUUUGCCGACUUCAUCGAUGUGUCCACCAAAGCUGCACUGGAGCCUGCAGCUGGUGUUCGUGCGACGCCGCCCACUUGCGUUCGUAUUUCUUUGUGCGGUGCUUCUAACACGCGCGUGCCGGCCGACAUCUUUCACGUCCCCGUGCCACAUCUCUUCGGUGCUGAGAAUCCAUACCACCUGUUGGCAAUAAGUGUGGACUCCGACUCCCGAAAUCCACCUCUUACGGAGGACGUCCCAGACAUGGCUAGGAUACUAGAACGAUCGGAGAGGCAAAGGUCUAAAACUGCGUCUUCGUCUGGAAGUGUGGCCACCGCAAGCUCUGUCUGGGAGCCACUGCCAGAGCUAGCCGGGCUGAUGUUGCUGGUGAACGGUUCCAGCCCUUUUCUGGACAUCGAGCAAGCCCAUUUCAGCUUUGAGCGUCCGGUAGGCGAUGAGGAAGGUGAGUCGAGUACGAUACCCAGUUUACGAAAAGUUUGUCGGCGCACAGACUGGGAGUCCAUCAAGAGGAAGAUCGACAAAUUCACAUCCGGUGAGGGUGCUGCUCAAGAACUGAGGAGCAUCUGCUUCAGAAUGCCAGGUGACCGCCGAAGAUAUCUCAAGGCCAAGUGUGUGCAGAUGUCGGCCUUCGAAUCACCCCACGAAGAGGACUCGCAGGAUCAGAGCACCACUGUGCCGAUUAAAAUUUGCAUGCAGCUCAGCCAUUUCGUUCAAGACGAAUCCCGGCUUCGGCAGCAAUCUGAACUUGCUGGUAUCCGAGAGUUGCAUGGGAGGCGGCCAGCUGCCUCAUGUGAUCCGAAAGCUUUAGUCGCGUGA